UCAAACUUGUUUUUUAAAUCAUCUGUCAAACACAACGAUUACUGCCAAUUCACGAUGAUUUGGGACUUCUUUACUUUUAUACGCGGACUCAGCGAGUUUGGCGCCACCGCCGUGCUGAUGAUCGUUGGUUGCAUGGGAGAAUCGAUGAAUCAAGGUGGCGAGAACAAUUCUUUGGUGGCCAGCGUUCACUACGGCCUGACUGUGAUGCUGGUAAUGCACAUCUUUGGCAUCGUAUCCGGGGCCCAUGCAAAUCCCAGCAUUUCGAUAGCCUGCUAUUUCAUGGGCUACAUCGCCUCGGAGAUGAUGGUGAUGUAUGUGGCUUGCCAAAUGGCUGGCGGAUUGGCUGGCUACUACCUGCUGCUGCAACUCCUGCCUAAGGACGUGGUGGACAACAGCAAGCCUGCAGUUUGCAUGUUGGAACCGAUGGACAGUCUCUCCACCAUCCAGAUUGUGGCCAUCGAGUGCCUGUUGACAGCGGUCUUUGUGCUCGGAUGGUGUGCUCUGUGGGAUGUGCGAAACGGAAGAUAUCUGGACUCGGUGACCAUUCGAAUGGGUCUCCUGGUGACCACUUGUUGCCUGGCAGGGGCCAAAUUAACAGGAGCAUCGAUGAAUCCGGUCAGGACCCUUGUGCCCGCCAUCUUUCAGGGCAACCCCGACUCUGUGGUGAUGCAGCUAACUGGCCAGAUCUUGGCCGGCGUCAUGGUGCCCUUUGUCUGGACUAAUGCGUACACGCCGCACUAUAAGCCUUUGGAGAUCCCAAUUUGCCGUGGCCAAAACUAGGGCUCUAAAAAGCGACAAUAAACGUAAGCUCGGCA